AUGAAUAUCAUGAAACAGAAAACUAUUUUAUUCUUACUAAUUAAAUUUUCUUGGUUUAGCUAUUUAAUAUGGAUAAGAAAUUCUAGCAAUGUUUUGAGUACGUUUAAUAAAUCUCAGGAUGAGAAUUACUGCGUUGGUGAAAAAGCAGAUACCAUAAAUUAUAGAUCACUAGCAAAAUAUAAACAAGGUAAUUCAAAUAAAAUACAUUUGAAAGAAAAGUUUCCAAAUAAUGGAACAUAUGAAAAAAAAGAUAUAUAUAAAAAUGAAAUAGGGUACAAUGGAAAAAACAAACUAUCUAAUAGAAAUACUUUAAAUAAGGCACUAUACUAUACCGAAGUUAAAGAUUAUAAUAAUGUAAUGUUUGAUGGAAAACAUUUCCAUUUUGAAAAAAAAUGGAUGAAAAAAAAAGAUUAUGAUAAUUUUCUUGAAAAAAAUAGGAGAAUUGGAGAUAUUGAUUUAAAAAAAAUAAAAUUCAGAAAUUAUGGAUUUGGGGGAGCUAUAUUUUUCAUUUUUUUUAUUUUGGGAAUAGGAAUACCCAUAUGCUCAGGAAUAGAACAUUUGGGUACUUUAUGGAAUUCGAUUAAAUCACAAACAUUUUGGAGCUUUCUACAUUCAGCUUAUGAGAAGGUGAAAGGAAUAUUAGUAGACUAUACAUAUAUAACAUUAUUUAGCGUACUUAUCUUUAUAUUAUCUGUUAUACUUAUUGUAACGAUUUAUAAAAUCUUAAUAAAUAAUGAAAAAUAUGGAAAAAUUAAAUUAAUAUCUGAGUUAAAUGAACAAUAA